ACACUGUCUUAUCUCAGUGUGACCGGUUGUUUAAUACGAACAGCUGCUUUGAAUGUCCAGUCAGAUAUUUUUAGGAGUGACAAGCACAGAAAAAAAGCUAGCACACAAGAACUCGAAAGGACAACAGCUCAGGCUUUCACUCCACACAAGACACUGUAAUGACAAACUGUUGCUGACCAGGUAGGACAAAACCAGCUUGUUCAGUCCUGAAAUUUAAGUUUGGUUUUUUUUUUUCACUUUUCACAAAGUUUGAUUACAUGGCUCUUAUAAUGAAGCCUGCAUGGAUAGCUGUGUUUUGUGUGGUAAUAGCAGCCAGACUGAGUGUCUCUCAAGAGGUGGACACAGAGCUGGCUGAGCAGGACGACAGGGAACCUUGUGCACGCUGGAUGAGGGGUGUUUCUGGCACUCCAGGGUUCAAUGGCAUCCCCGGCCGGGACGGACGUGAAGGUCGUGAGGGGGAAAAAGGAGAUAAUGGAGAUUCAGGCCCCAAAGGACCGAAUGGAGAGACAGGUGAACCAGGGGACGAGGGAACUGCUGGAAAAAGAGGAUUUCCUGGCAACCCUGGUCUGAAAGGGCAAAGUGGAGAGGCUUUCUUCCCACAGCGCUCUGCUUUUAGCAUGGGACUCACAGGUAAAACCAGCUCGGCCAGUCGAGCUCCCAUCCGGUUCACUAAAACCUUCUACAAUGAUCAGCACCACUACGAUGACAUCUCUGGAAAGUUUCGCUGUGCCAUCCCUGGGAUAUACUACUUUACAUAUCAUCUUACCAUCAAUGGUAAGGAGACCAAGGUAGCUAUGUUUAAAAACGGCCGGACUGUGGCCUUUACUCUUGAUCAGUUCCACAAUGGAAAUCUGGAUCAGGCCUCUGGAGGGGUAAUUUUAAAUCUGUCUGCAGGAGAUGAGGUUUGGCUACAGUUAUAUGAUGACGUAUUUGAUGCAGAGAUUUAUGCAGAUACCAACAACGACUCCACCUUCACUGGCUUUCUUUUGGCUCCUAAAAUCUUAAGUAAUCCAACUGACAACCGCAGACGCUGACACUGUCUUUGUGGAUGUUAUUUGUAACCACGUUCACUUAAUCUCACCAAACAAUCAGUCAGUUUAAUGCAGCAUGAAGAGAUUAUUUGCUGUGUGUCUGUGUUUGAUACUGUCAUAAGCCCUGUCAUUUUUAGAUUAAUAGGCCAGAUACGUUCACAGGGAGUCUGGCUGCCCACCCUCUAAACAUGUCACAUCUAGCCAACUGGCUUCCUGUCAGUGCAGUUGGUGUGCAGUUUAGCAUACUUCAUCCUUGCUGAGGUUUUAAUCAAUGUUCAUGGUAAGAUACCACCAUACGCGCUAUGCUAUGACCUUAUGGUUUUAUUUCGAUUUGUGAUUUUAAAUUUUGCAGCAGCUUUUUAAGCGUAUACAAAAGUACUUAAUGAACCAAAAUAGCAUGACAGCUGAUGAGUAUUUAUAUUUAUUACUGGAUUUUAAAAGUAUUCUCAGGCUAGUUAAGGUAACUGUGUCACAUCUUGGACAGUUAGUGUGAUUUCACAGAGUACAAGAUGCUCCUUGGAACAACAUUCCAGUCAACCAAUCAGAUUUGAGGGAUAAUUUUUAGGCUUAUGAUCAGUGUUAGGUGCCUCUACACCCUUGUAAAUCAGCUAUCAUUUUUUUAAUUUUGGGUAGGGUUAGGUUUAGGGGUAGGGAUUGGGAAAAGUUUAUAUUUUUGGACAGUAAUGUUGAUCCAAGAUGGCAUCUUACUUGGCAAAAUCACAGUGACACAUCUUGGACUGUGUCGCUUAGAUCAGUUUUAAUAUUUCUCUAAACAGUUAACUAAAGAAAAAACAAAACAGCAAAUGAUGCCACAUAAAUAUGGAUAUUUAUGCUAAUUUGGUUCAACUGUAUUGUAUUAUCAGUGACUGUUUGUGUGUUAGUAAGUUAAAAGUGAGAUAAUUAAUCUGUUUGUUGCAUUGCUCUGUGAAUGAUAAUAGUAGGAUGGUAUAAUAAUUCACUUGUCUGUGAUAGUCCAAUAAAAUUUGAGCAACAACAGUUUCUACCAGCUGUUGUUUUAACUAAUAUCAUUUGAUUGUAAUUAAUAGAAAAGCUGUUUGUUAAAUUAUCUAGUUUGUCUGUAAUGCAUUUGCAAAUAAAGAGAACGCAAGAA